AUGGACUACCAAAAUCGAGCAGGUUCUAAAUUCGGCGGCGGAGGGGUUGCCUCAACCAGUGCUUCUAAUGCCGAUCGAAGAGAGCGCCUACGUAAGCUUGCACUUGAAACGAUAGAUCUCGAUAAGGACCCGUACUUCUUCAAGAAUCACGUUGGCUCCUUUGAAUGCAGGCUUUGCCUCACAGUCCACCAGAAUGAUGGCUCUUACCUCGCACAUACACAGGGACGGAAGCAUCAAACCAAUCUCGCAAGGAGAGCUGCAAGGGAACAGAAGGAAGGCAAAGCGAAUGAAGCCAUGCUGGGCGUAAAUAUGGGUGUGACGGUGCGAAGGAACGCUGUCAAAAUUGGACGACCGGGAUACAAGAUUACCAAGAUUCGGGAUCCAUUAACUCGGCAGAAUGGACUACUCUUCCAGCUCCAGUAUCCAGAAAUUACUCAAGGAGCACUCCCAAGGGUCAGAUUUAUGUCCGCGUACGAGCAGAAGAUCGAGGAUCCACCAGACAAGAACUACCAAUAUCUGCUCGUUGCAGCCGAACCAUACGAGACUUGCGGCUUCAAGCUACAAGCCAGGGAGGUCGACCGAAGAGAGGGCAGGUUCUGGACGUGGUUUGAUGAGGAUAGCAAGGAAUUUUGGGUCCAAGUGCUUUUCAAGACGGAGAGAGAAGAAAGAUACAGCGGUGUGCCAGGUUUGGCACCGACCGGCAUCCGCCGCUAG